GGUAAGGUAGGAGAAUGGGAGUGGUGUUUUGUGUCAUGUCAUGGUCAAUAAAUUUCCUAUAUGGAUGAUUCAUUUAUCGUUAUUUGAAUAGUCGUUGAGUGGCUGAUAAUUGAAUUGCUCAUGAUUUCCUGUUUCUUUCAAUUUCUGCUCUCUCAAGGAGAAGAUAAGUACUUGUUCAUUCCACACAUACACACUACCUGAGUAUCAUCUAUCAAUAAUUAUUACACACCAAAUAUUCCAAACAAUCACUUCCCAAGAUGCAGCCACUAGCUGCCAUUCCGCUAGCUUGUUCCAUCGUGACAUUCGUGCUCGGCAUGCUGUGUCUUUUCGCAGGCAAUAAGCCUGGUUUCAUGGAGGACUACCACAUUGUGACACUCAAUACUUCCGGAAUUGGACAAGACCUCAUACCCACAACAACCAGUGGUUCUGGUUCCACACCUACCUCUCUAUCCCCAGGAGGAAUUGUUAGUAGUCUUAGCAGCUUGAUACCCCGUGAACCUGGAAUUGGCGAUGCUAUUGCAAAUGCACUCGGCGAUCUUGAAAACGAAAUUGCGGAUAAGCUUGCGGAAACAUUAGGUAUUGAAGAAUGGUAUUCACUUCAUUUGAUGGAUAUGUGCCAAGGUUAUUACACGCCCAAUGCAACUUCCAAGGGAGCAGGAUUCAACGUAAGCUCUUGCACGAACCAGACUGCUAUGUACCACUUCGAUAUUAGCUCCAUAAUCUCUGAACAAUUAUCUAUCGGCCCCCUUCAUCUGAAUCUUAGCGACAUAGGCUGGCCUUCUGCUAUUCAAGACGGUCUCGACACACUCUCCACGGCUAUGAACGCCACGUUCGUAUUCUACUGCAUCGGCGUUGCAGGCGCUGGUCUAGCAAUAUUAACUUCGCUCGCCGCCAUCUUUAUAACAGGUCGUAUCUUCUCCUUCCUGAACUGGGGCUUAGCAUCCAUAGCUCUCCUGGCUCUUGCAAUAGCCUCAAUUAUCGUCACUGUUCUCCAAAACAAAGCUGCACAUAUUAUCAAUAAAUUCGGAAAUGAUAUUGGAGUGUAUGCAUACAAAGGACAGAAGUAUCUCAUCCUGACAUGGGCCGCCACGGCUGUUAUUGCUGUUGCGACAAUUGCUUGGGUAGCCAUUUUCUGCAUUGGUCGCAGACAAAAGGGACGUGAAUUCCAUGAGAAGAGUCACUUUGGAAAGAAGUCGAGACAGAGUGAGAGUAGCGAAUUUGCGAGAAGGGGCGCAUAGAUAUCAUUUUCUCUUUUUUUUGUAGCCCGGAAGAUUCUUUUGGGUACGUGAAUAGAUGGAGGGAUGGGGACAGAUUAUCUUUGGAUAAGAUACUUACAGAUAUACGGCAUACUUUGAUAUCCCUUUAUUUUCAUGUACGGCUUAAUGGAAAGGCGAGAGUAGGAAGAGGCGAAAUGGAUGCCGGAUACAUGCAAAGUUUAAGCAGGAAAAUGGAUGGCGUAUAUUACCCUUCGGAUAAUGAUUGUAUUACAGCGAGAUACCCAGAGAAGAGAAGUAGAAUGAAUGCAAUAAAGCACUUUUGAUGUAUGAUGAUUAGUAGAAAAACAAUGGGCCCAGUGAAAUGAACAGAAACGUUGCUUCUCACAGUUACACAGUACAAUAGUACAUAUUUUUGAAUA